AUGCAUAAAGAGAAAAAGAUCUGCGACAGCCUUGUUCAAUGCCCUAUGUGUCGUAAGGAGUUUCAAACCUCAGCGUCAAAAGAACCUCACCAAUGCUACUUUGACAAAUGCUCCGUAUGCCAUGAAUAUGUAAAACUUACAGAACACAAAUGCUUUAUUCAACCUGUGGCAGCCAAAGAAGAUCAAAGAAAGAAAAAAACCAAAGCAACCCUGAAACGCCAUAGAAAAAAAAAUCCCUUGGCCUCGGUGUAUGAAGAACCUCCCAUCUUCGUCUACGCUGAUUUUGAAUCUAUGAUAGCGGAAGAUAACACACACAUCCCCGUAUUGGUCUGCGCCCUCACCUCUGAAGAUGAUACCUUCGAAACCUACUACGGGGAGAAUUGCACGGCCGACUUUCUGAACUUUCUCACCCAGCUCACCGAGGACAAAUAUGGCGACCCACGCGAGGUGAUAUGCAUUUUCCAUAAUUUAAAGGGGUACGAUUCUAUGUUUCUACAGCAUCAGUUGGUAAAGGAAGAAAGAAAGAUCGAGGACAUCAUCGCCAUAGGCACUAAAUGGUUAUCCUUCAAAGUGGGUCAAAUCACAUUCAAAGAUUCGUUCAGCUUCCUCCCGAUGUCACUCUCAGCCUUUACCAGUACCUUUGGUCUCACGGAACUCAAGAAAGGUUUCUUUCCUCACCUGUUCCACACACCUGACCAUCAAGAUUAUGUGGGAGCCCUGCCAGCAGCCUCCUGUUACGACCCAGAAAGUAUGUCCAAUUCUAAAAAAAAAGAAUUUCAAGUCUGGUAUGAAGAACAAGUGAAAAAGCAACACCCAUUUGAUCUCAAGCAAGAACUCAUAGCCUACUGCCAAUCAGAUGUCGCCCUUCUUAAAGCCGGCUGUCUUAAAUUUGUGAAUGAAUUCCAGUCCAUUUCUGGGUUUGAUCCGAUGGAAAAAUGUGCCACGAUUGCGUCAGCAUGCAACAGAUAUUGGCGUAAAAAACAUCUUUCCAAGGAUACUGUGGCCGUUGAACCUGUAAGAGGAUGGCGUGGGGCACAAGUCAAUCAAUCAGAAGUUGCAUUAGAAUGGUUGAUGUGGCAGGAACAUCAGCUUGAAUCAGACAGCCCACGUAUCCAACAUGUUCGUAAUGGUGGGGAGAAGUUGAUACCCGCAGGGCCCCAGGCAUACCAUGUCGAUGGUUUUGAUAGCCACACAAACACUGUGUAUGAAUUUCAUGGCUGUUUGUUUCACGGGUGCAGACGUUGUCAUAAAGACCGCAAGAAAAUGGCGUUUUCAUCAGGCAGCUACACGAUGGAAGCCUUGUGUCAGCAGACGGAAGACAAAUGUCAGACACUCCGACAGAUGGGGUAUAAAGUGGUUCAAAUCUGGGAAUGUCAAUGGAAGGAGCAGAAAAAGGCCUCAAAGGAAAUUCAAGAUUUUCUCAAGGAAAUCAAUCUUGUACCACAGCUCAAUCCGAGAGAUGCGUUCUUUGGAGGUCGAACUGGGGCGGCGUCGCUUUAUUACAAGGCCAACACAGAUGAAGGCGAGCAAAUCAGAUACGUCGACGUCACCUCAGAAUAUCCCUAUGUAAACAAAUACGGCACCUACCCCAUAGGUCACCCCGAAAUAUUUUUGGAACCAGACGACCAAGAUCCAGCCUCCUACUACGGUAUAUUGACAGUGGACAUUUUACCGCCUUAUAAUUUAUACAAUCCCGUAUUGCCUCUUCGACAUGGAAAAAAACUGACGUUUCCAUUAUGUCGAAAAUGCGUGGAAGAUGAAAAGGCCAAACCGAUGUUGGGAAGAAAUUAUAAUUGUAGUCAUGGUGUGGAGGAUCGCAUGCUCACUGGUACUUGGUGUACGCCCGAAAUCAUGAAAGCUGUUGAAAAAGGGUACCAGGUUCUUCGCACACACGAAGCAUGGCAUUUCCCACCAGACCAAAGAGAGCAAGGUCUGUUUGCCCCGUACGUAGACACCUGGUUGAAGAUAAAACAAGAAAGUAGUGGUUACCCCAACUGGGCACAAACGGACGCGCAAAAAUAA